GAGGUGCAAUGCGGUGUUUCCACGGAAACGUAAAGACGGGAAUAAAUUAUGACGGAAACUUGUAUCAAAACUUAAAACCAUGAUAUUUUAUUGAAACGCGUAUGUAGAUUCUCUAAUACAACGCGGUGAUUAAUUUUAUUAAAUAUUUAAUUUUAAAUAGUUAUGUUACGUAGAGUUAAUUUUUACUCAAUAUGUAUUGCCUUUGGUCUAAGUAUAUUAUUAAUUCUUGCUGGAAGUCGAUAUACCGAUAAUAAUUAUUACCGUCCGUCCCCUGAAAGUCGAAGUAUCGUUGAAGUGAAUCUACCACAGUUAACUUCUUCAAGUUCAAAUUAUGAUACAGAAGCCACAAUCGAGAAGAUAUUUGAAAAAACAAGAGCGAAAAUUCAAAUGGAAAUGAAAAAUUAUAACUACUCAUUUUCCGGUGUGUCAAAACUUGAGGAUUUACUGAUGGAGUCGAAUGGACAACCCAUAAGAAGUAUUAUCAUAUCAACUUGGAGGUCUGGGACCACCUUCCUUGGAGAAGUGCUUAACUCAGUGCCUGGUAAUUUUUAUCACUAUGAACCGUUAUUGAAAUACGAUAUAAUACAAAUAAGAGGUGCUCCACAUGCUGAUAAUGCUUUAAAAAUGCUGAAGAAGAUGAUGUUGUGUGACUUCAGUGAAAUGGAUGAUUACUUUAAAUAUGGCAAGACUCAUUUACACCAGUUUAGUCACAACACCAGACUGUGGGACCACUGUAAAUUUAAGAAGGAUUUAUGUCUGGACGCUCAGUUUACGUCUAGCUUCUGUAAGCUGUUUCCAUUUCAGAGUAUGAAAGUUGUAAGAGUGAGAUUACGCCUUAUCAAACAAUUACUGGAGGAUAAAGAGCUUAAUAUUAAAGUAAUGCUAUUAGUGAGAGACCCCCGAGGAGUGAUGCAAUCGAGGCAGCAUAGAAACUUCUGCCAACCGGCCCCAGAUUGUUGGGAACCUGAGUUACUGUGCGCAGAUAUGGUCAGUGAUUAUGUCGCUGCUGGACGGCUCUUGCAAAAGUAUCCUGAUCGACUCAUUGUGCAACGUUACGAAGAGUUAGCGUUAUCGCCGAACGCCACCACACACCAACUGCUCAGGUUUCUGGGCAUCAGCCCCACAUCGUCUGUGGAAGAUUUCCUCCUCACCCAUACGAACGUGGAAGUGUCAGGAGUAAGCUCCACGUUUCGAGUCUCUCGUGAAGUGCCUUUUAAGUGGAAGAACACUCUGGACUUCAAUUAUGUGGAAGAUAUUCAGGAUGCAUGUAAGGAAGCGAUGAACUUAUGGGGGUACAAAGUCGCUCACAACGCGUCACAAAUGACUAGCAAAGACUUCUACCCACUGGACAACUACACGAUUUCACAGUGAUACCGGCAUUUAUGAAUUUGCUGUCUUGGCAACACGACUGAAACACGUCAAGCUACGGGAUUGUUCGUAAAGAUGAUUCCCGUUCCACCCGAAUUUGCAUUUGAACAGAUGCAUCAACGCCUUAAAACAAUAAUUCAAUGGAAUUUGGAGAAGUAUACGUAAGGUGUUGUAAAUUUUGAUUUCGUUUAUAAGAUUAUACUUGUCAUUCAAUCGAAGUAAUUUAUAAUUUUAUCAUUGAUUUAUAUCGGGUAUAUUGUAUAUAUCUGUUAAGUAGUUUUAAAUGUUUCAAACGAUUUUAGUGCCUUCAUAAAUCGCACGCCCAUUAAGCUUGCAAGACACAUCAAAAUUGCUCAGAAAAAUAAAACGAAGGUGUUUUUUAAUAAUUGGGUUGUGUAAGACACGGUAGUUUAUAUCAAAUGUUAAAGAUGGACCAUUGUAAGAACUAUAUCUUGCUUUGGAGGUAGUUGUAAAAAAUAAGUGAGAUUUUUGUAACAAUUACAUUUAUGGCACAUUUACAUAAGAUUAUUUAUGUAUAUUGAAUAGCAUAGCCGUGAUGGAAUUGAUACAGUUGCUUCCAUUGUAGAUGUUUUACUAUAGAUUCGGUAAUAUUUAUUGUUAUAUAUUUGCGACUAUUAUUAAAGUCCAAGUUUGGAAACAUAAAUAGGAAUAGAGAUUAAAAAAAUUGUGAGAUUGUCUUCGAACAUUAUGAGAAAUAGUUCGCUUAAGGCCAACGAGUCCAGAUAAAUAAUGUAAACAAACGGACGGUUACUGAGGUCCAUUGCGAUAGCGAAGCGAUUAUAUCUCUAUCCCUAUCACUCGUACGCAGUAAUGGCGUCAGUUUUUACCAGUGGGCGGCUCCUUUGCACAGGAAGCCAGCUAGAUUAUGGGUACCACAACGACGCCUAUUUGUGCCUCGAAGCAGUAAUGUGUAAACAUUAUUGUGUUUCGGUCUGAAGGGCGCCGUAGCUAGUGAAAUUACUGGACAAAUGAGACUUAACAUCUUAUGUCUCAAGGUGACGAGCGCAAUUGUAGUGCCGCUCAGAAUUUUUGGGUUUUUCAAGAAUCCUGAGCGGCAUUGAUUUGUAAUGGGUAGGUAUCAAUUACCAUCAGCUGAACGUCCUGAUCGUCUCGUCCCUUAUUUUCAUAAAAAAAAAAGUUGCUCGACGACAGCAAUCGUUGCGUGUUUCGUGGUACAGCAAAGCAGCAAUUACUGUUGUCUAAUUGUUUAGUUGUCAACAUUUGGCCCGUCAUUUUGUAAACAAGUUCAUUCCUUUUUGGAUUGCGGUUGAAAUGAUACGUUAAUUGUUCGUUUCAGUAUUUACUUAGUUUUUUGUUUUUAUUAAUCCGUUACUGUUAGUUUCCUUUUUGAUUUUUGCUUGUUGAGUUUGGCAGCUCUAGAUAACAUUUGAAACACAGCAAUUAUUUUAAAUACACAAAUACUAGUAGUUCCCGCCAGCUUCGCUGGGCGAAUUUUAAAAGAAAGGAACGUUGGAAUUCGAAAAAUAAACCGUAGCCAUAAACCAUCUAGGAUAAAUUUUGCAUCGUAUGGUGGUAGCUUCAUGUCGAUACGAUCAGUGGUUUAGGCAUGAUUGAGCCUCAAACAAAGACCGUUUUCAUUAUAUAGAUAUCGAUAAAAACGUUUUGAACCCCUGAAACUUUGUUUACAUUCUUUACCUCAUCUCGUUGGCCUUACUAUAAAAGCUAUUUAGUUGAUUGUUUACCUUGAUAUUACAAACGCUUGGCACAAGAAAAUGUCUGGUAACGUGAAUGAUUACGAAUACAGCGAGAUCUUACUUGAACAAUGUAUAAAUCUGCAAUAAAUGAACGAACGACUUAUAUAAUUCUAGGAAUUUAUUAGCUAUUAAUCUAAACAUGACACUGCUUGAUAUAUAGGCCUUGGUACGGAUCUUGAGCAGAACGCGACGGGUAAUAAUUUCGAGUAUUAUGCUUAUGAAACCUACCCUGCACAUGCACGCCAUGCAUGUUUACAGUAAACACCACACUGAGUCUAAAGAAACCCGAGUUAAUGUCAAUCGCAUUGGAAAAAUUGGAGUUUACAUAUUUAUAAUAUUUAUUAAAAAAUAAUGAAAAUAAAUCACUUAUUUAGAUACACACACACACACAAAGAACAAAAAAUACGCAAAUUCGAGUGAAGUGUUCCAACACAAAUGUGUUGCAUCUCUGAUCUUCCUUGGUUCCUUUGUGACACAUGACCUCAUGACCGACACCUAACUACUACUAAGCUAAAAUUAAAAAUAAUAACAUAGAUACAGAUUAUAAGUAAUAGUAUUCUAUGCCAUUCAAAAUUUAUAAGGAAGUUUUGGAAUUCGCUAAAAUACUUUCUUUGCCUAAAAAAUGGCAGAUCUGGCGCGUAUCAGAUCAAAGCCGGGAACCCUUCGGAUGCAUCUCAUCAUCACUACUGGAUACAGCAAUAACAUCCCGCCUUUUUUAAAUACUCGAAAAAUAAUAUACAAUAAAUAAUGGGUUCAUAAACAUGAAAUUAUAACUGAAAUUUAAAAUUAAUUACUUAAGUAUUUAAAAUAAACAUUAUUUACAAGUGACUUACUGGUAGUGCAAAUACAUUACCUUAAUCCAAAUAUAUUUAAUAAUUAAAAAAAAAUACUCAAUAAGUAAAUGAAUUAAACACUCGGACAUUCUUUGACAUUAUAAGAUCAAUCUCUUAACGUAUUGUCCGAGCGGCGUUGCAUAUACACGUAUACAUUAACUUAUACAGAUACCAUUAAAACAUUCAUUCAAAUUAACACCUUAUUUUGUGGCAGUAAUAUUCAAAGUCUAUACGCCCAUUCGAAGCUCUGACGCGAACACGGGGCAAGAACAUUUUGUUUUAGCAUUUGAAAUGUAAUUGCUAAACAAUAUGAUUUAAAAUGUCAAGCUAGUGACACAAUUUUGUUAAUUUAAAGGGGCACUUAUGGAUAUGCUGUUAUUUGGACAGUUUUUCACUGAACACUGUCAUUGCGUGGCGUUGUAUUCAAAGCGCGGUCGAUACUUAAUUGAACGACAACUCCGCCUAAUAGACGCGUAGGCAGAGGUUUCCUUUAUACAAUUUUUGAGCGUGAUUGUCUGUCUAUUUGUUUAUUGUUUAGUCAAUGAUACAAUUACAGAAUGUCUAAAGUAUUCUCAAUCAAUUACUUAUACGCUAUGAGAAUGAAGCACGGAAUAAAAACUUCCGUAGGCUUUUAUGCAUUAUAUCUACCUUAAUCAUUAUACACACGUAAACGUUUUAUUUUGUGUAUUCCUUUUCAUAUUAUAUAAUAACAUAAUUUUUAUCUUGGAAGAAAGUUAGCGAGAAGAUAAAAGUGAGAUACGUAAUACUAUGAAAAUAAGUAAAGCAAACUAGUCGCGGCGUAUCUAUGUCAGUUAAUUGUCUAUUCUUUUUGACCACGUAUGCAGAACUCAGCCUGUUAGCGGGAGAUCCAUUGUAAUUUGGAUUCAAGAGUAAUGCCAAGAAAUAAAGCAGAUUCCAUCGAUUUUAUCACCUCUCUAUUUAAAAAAACACUUAACUAAAGAAUAACAUUCUAAAACUUUUGCUUGGGAAUCAAAUUUUUUACCUCCUGACAUAAAAUUUCUUACUUAAGUUCCGACACUAACUAGCGUAUACACUCGUUAAAUUUGAAGGGGAACGUAACAUAAUGGGAACCGUCCUUUAACAUUUAGAUGCAACACAUACAGUUCCUCCUGUAUAUACAAUACAUUGCGGAUAAUGCCAAACUUAUACAAACGCUUUUUUAGAUAUAGGUAAAUAGACAAUACUUUCACACGAUUUUUGUGCUCAUAAUCAUAGGGAUAAGUACUAUAAUUGUACUACGGAUGUACUGAUACUUAAUAGCUUAUGGUUCUGUAGUAUUUGCACAUACAACGAAUGUCCUAAAAUGUAUUCACCUUGCAGACUCUCUUUUGUUAAAGUACAGUUAUUUUAAGACGUCACGAUAGUUAAUAGUUUUCACCUUUUAAAUGUCAAUAAAGGACAAAAUUCUUCAAACGUGCUCAGAUAUCAUAUCGUUAAUUAGUCAAAUUUAGAUAAUUUCUAAACAUACUCUAGAAUGGAUAAGACAUGUAUAAUUAUGAUAAAAGCAAUAUUUCUCGCAGUCUAAAAAUAAUCAAAAGUUUUCUAUACUGCUCAAAGACCGAAUGAAAUAACUAAUGGGUAACAAAACAAAGGCUGACUUCAAAAGAUGAAUGAACCCAAGGUCGUGAGCUGUGGAAGGGGUUUGAUUAUAAUUAUAUCAUGUGUUAUAUUUAUUGGUUUCAUCCUUAUAUUGGACGGACGAAUGAUACUAUGUAUAGAUUAUUAUAAAACUGUUUAUAGGAAUCAAAACCUUCACGAAUUAUUAUAAUAAUAAUAUCAGAUAAAAUCCACGACUAAAUCUUCCUAUCGUCUUAAAUUUCUUUUUUGGUCCUUCGAGCCGAAUAUUCUUCCAAGCUAUAAAUAUUAAUGGUAACUCAUUAAAUAUCGCAUUGUGUCUAUGUCAUGUCAUAUCCAAUCUACGUAACAUCGGUGCUCACCACAUUGGAGUAGGCCAUCUGACGCUAGAUAUAAAUUAUGCUUAAAUAUAAAUUUUUAAGAAAUCGUGAGAUUCUAUUAAGUGCACUUGAUUUUAAGAAAUGAUCAAUUAUAUUGUAUUCUUGUAAGUAAAAUAUCAUAGAGUAAGAAAAGCGUUUCCAUGGACUUAAUAUAACAUUGAAAUUAGCUAAGAUACUGAAAUAAGAAACAGGGCUCUCUCAAAUUAAUAUUAUGAAGAACAAUAUGGUUCCUUAAUGUAACAUGUUUUUCCUUCUCUGGGAUUGAAUCCGGUAUUAUCUGUUGGCAAUGCAAAGAAGUGUUCGCCUUUAUAUUUUUUCUAAGUGCCAUUGUAUUGCGCAUAAUAUAAAACAAUAUAGAUUUUAAUAUUGCUUGUUCUAUGAUUGUGUUUAUAGUUAUCUAUUCCUAUUACUGAUAGGUUGUCACUGCUUUCGUAAUUAAUAGAAAAAUAUCUUACAAUACGUAUAAAAUAUCAUAUAUAGUGAUAAAAAAUAAUCAAUUAUUAUCAUAGUAAUGUUAAGACGACAGGCUUCCUGAUAGAUUUGACAAUAUAACUAUUCAAAUAUGCCUUAAACUAGUAGUAAUAGGGUAUACUAUUGCAUGAUUUAUGAUAAGUUAGUUAUUGGCUCUGUAUCAUAAAAAUUACAAGUUGCCAUGAGGCAGAUCGUACGCACAAAUACAUUGUAACUAGGUAGUUUGUAGAUUAGGUCGAAUGAAUCACUUUUUGCGGGUAGCCGGAUAUUUUCACGGGCCAAUGUAAACCCUUAGAAGUUUAAGUACUUGCUUUAAUGCAAGAUGAACAAUUGUAAAUUACUGACAUUGUACCGUCUCAAAUGGACACAAAAAUUCGAUUUAUUAAGUCAUGUGUGGUUUAUGCAUUUCAUAGAAAGCAAUUUAUGCAUUUUUUUCUUUAUAUAAUUGUAUGUUUUCAAUAUUUUUCAUCCGGUCUAACAAUGUUAUGAUGAAAAUAAAAAAUGUUUAUGAUAAAAAAAUGUUACAAUUUUAUCGGACGAAAUGUUCCGAGGACUCAAAGGAAGAGAUUGUUAUGUAAUUGAAGUGUGAAAUACUUUCUAUAAAGUAUAUUAAUGUAUUUUAAAAGCAGAUUUUUUUAUUAUAUUGAAAUAUGUUUGUGUUGUAAGUUAUUUGUACGUAAAUAAUUUGAAUGCCAAUUAACCUUACAAGUAGAAAUAUUUAGGUAGUGGUACAAUUUUUGUAGAUUUUAUUUUAGUUACGUAGUUAUUCACGUUCUUCUUACUGAUACUAUAAUACAAUUCCGUUUAGUUAUAGUUUGUUUUAUAUUAUUAUUGUUUUAUUAUAUUUUAUAAAUUGUUAUUUUUAUGAGCGGAGCCUAUUGAACUGGCUGGAUCCAGUGUAGAUUAUAAUUAUAAUUCAUAUCAUUAGCAUAUUAUUAGUACUUAUUAUAAAUUUUAAUAUUUAUUUUUUUAUUAUUUUGUUCGUCUUGUCGAUACAAAUGAAGUGUUUGAUGAUUUAGAUCUAAGAUCUAUGAUUUAGAUGUAGAUUUCAAACGAGUAAAAGUACUUUUAAUUAUUGGCUUCACAAUGGCAUGUUGGCAGAUUCUGGAUCUCUCUCUGGAAAAAAUUUCAGCUAUUUGUCAAUCGACGUUUAAUUUCGAGCGAAAACGCUCGCAAGUGUCACAGUAUAUAAAUCAGAUGAAGCAGUAUGGAAACUACGUAUAAACCUUAGAUAUAACGCACGCAGCACAUAAGCAGGUGCAGGUCCGCUUAUUGGCCUUGUUGAGACCUGUGUCUGUGUGCGUGCGUCAAUUCGAACGUUGGCACGUAGGUUACAUACUGUUUUAGCUGAUAUAUAUACUGUGUAAGAGUCGUGGUGGCCGCUAAUACAUGACAUCACGCCUUAUGUAUCACUAUAGAACGCGUUAUCAAGCGACGCGGUGAUAAUUACUGAGCUGUGACGUCAUUUCAUCUUAUUAGUUUCAAUUUUGUCACAACGGGAUCAUAUUUUAGUAUCUUGUCAUCAUAUAUUUUUUAAUUUAUUUGUCAAUUUUGAUCAAAAAAAUAUCGUAAUUCGCGAUUUGUUUUUUUGAAUAGAUUGUGUGAAUAGAUUUUCAAAAUCCAUAUUUUGGGACUUUGAAACUUGAUAGAACCAGGAGUGUGCAUUGUGCAGUGGGUGCAUUGUAGAAUUUAUACAAUUCUAUUGUAUAUCAUAGACUGCAUAGCGAAUUAUUGUUUCUUCUGAAUGCGGCCACCAUGAUCAUUGAGACACCGAAAAAUGAAUCGCUAAAACCAGAAAGUAAAUAUUUUAAUCUAGAUACUUAUUACGUUCGGUAGGAUCCAGUGUUUUCAUACAGUUAUUUUGAGAUUAGUAAAGGGGCUGUUGCUGUAAUAUUAGUAUUUCAACAUAGUACGUACUUUCAAGUGAACAUUAUAGUCGUUCUUUGAUUUAUUUAACAAAAAAAUCUCUUUGUUUUACUUCAUAUUCUAAUUGAAUAGUGAUCAUUUCCACAUUUAAAAAAAUACUAAAACUAAGUUAUAGUUAACACUUUGUGUUUGUAUCAUUUACUAUAUUAAUGUCAAACGUUUGAUGCUGUUGGUGCAAAUCAAAACUAAGUUUGACUAGUUUUUCAUAAUAUUAUUAUCGCUGAACACAUUGGGCCAAUGUGUAAAGGAAUAGCUUGUGCCUAGCACAUGUCAUGGCCGUUGGCCGCAUUUCUUUCAUUGGGGUAAUUGUUUAAGCGCAAUACAGGAAAUAGAACACAACUCAGCGGAUUUCUUGAAAUUAAUACCUAAGACUGGACGGCGUGCUAGGGUUACCAACCCUACAAAAAGAUCGAUGAAGUGGUCCAGCGCGGCGCAGCUAAUUUAGCGCGCAUGGCGUGGCAUUCAAUUGUUUUGUCUUCCCAAGAUUGAUGUGUGUGUACGUCGAUUCGGGGGUCUAGUAUGAAGUUAAAGUAUGUUCUAUUACUUUAUUGCUUUUAAGUGCGAAAUGUAAGUUGGCCAAUGGGGGCGCUUCAGCCGUUCUGUCGUGUUAUACUGUCUUAGAAUAAAACUAUAAUGAUAAAAUAUAUCUAGGAUCACGUAUGAGGCUAUAUGUUCAAGAUGUAAUUAAAUAUAUAAACACCAAUAAAAAGUAUUGCAAUAUUAGUUCGUUUGUGACACACGUCAACGAAGGACUUCACAAUUUGACAUUGACAAGUCGACAGGCUAUCAUACCUAUAAAAUGACAGUUUCACAGUGACAGCAACAGCCCUCAAUAGAGUAUGUAUUGUUUACGUAAAGUACAUUAUUUAGUGGAAUUGAAAGCAAUACCUAAUUAUAGAAUAAAUAGCGGAGUCCCAAGGAGUUGUGUGAUAGGUAAUAAGGGUAGCCUUACUAGAAAUAAGAGGUAGCAUACGAAUCAUACAAUGUUGACAUUUUAUUAUGUGGUAAGAUUUAGCACGGCCAGCGCUAUCGCAUGUACAUUGUAAUAUGUUUUUUAUUAAAAUAAAACUAUAGAAUCAGACUGAAA